UGAUCAUCUCAGCUCUAUGUGUAACUGGGAAUCCUGCAGGGGCUGCUGGGAAGUGUAGUUUAGCUGGAGCUGCAUGGCUACAAUCCCAGAUGUAAUACAGAGCGGAGGCUGCUGAGUCAAUAGGCCAGCUACUCCCAGCAUGCAUAGCGGCCGCUACUAUACGGGACGUGCUGCGCCUCAGUGAAUGGAGACUGACCUUUCCUCCACAUGUUGCCGAACUGCCCUUCCCUGCGGAGGUGUGUACUUAGAGCUGGCCAGGGAUUGGUCAGUGGGGGAGCAGGGGGCGGGGCGAAGGUUGAGCCGUGAGAUCCUCGGACUAAAUAAACAGAUGUGGAUGUGAGGAGAAGCAGGAGGUGCAUGGCUGACAAUCUGCUCUCACUCCGGGGUACAACUUGGGAUACAACAGCCUGAGCAGCACAACAGGACUCCCUGAGCAGCACAAUCUCCCUGAGCAGCACAAUCUCCCUGAGCAGCACAAUCUCCCUGAGCAGCACAAUAGGACUCCCUGAGCAGCACAACAGGACUCCCUGAGCAGCACAACAGGACUCCCCGAGCAGCACAAUCUCUCUGACCAGCACAACAGGACUCCCCGAGCAGCACAAUCUCUCUGAGCAGCACAACAGGACUCCCUGAGCAGCACAAUCUCCCUGAGCAGCACAAUAGGACUCCCUGAGCAGCCUGGAUUGGAACUUCACCCCCAGAUCAACCAACACCAUUGAUCAUCUGUGAGUCUGUGGGACCCAGUUAAAGGGGAAGUGUCACUAUACAGGACAGAACUCAGCAACGUCUCCUACGAGAAAACGCAUCGUGAUGAGCCCCAAAUUCUCUUUAUUCCCGUUAUUCCUCUAACAACCACUCCAAUCUCUAUGGCAACUUCACCGCCGCCCCUCCAAACCAUGUACAUCUCCCCCCCGGUGGAUUUCGUGCUGGGCGCGUCGGCGUGCUGUAUGGCGUGUAUAUUUACCAACCCUCUGGAAGUGGUGAAGACGCGGCUGCAGCUGCAGGGGGAGCUCCGGUCUCGGGGGACCUACACCCGACAUUAUAGGGGGGUCCUGCAAGCCAUGGUGGCCGUGGGACAAGCGGAUGGACUUCGGGGGCUGCAGAAAGGGUUAACGGCCGGACUGUUGUAUCAGGCAAUGAUGAACGGGGUCAGGUUUUACCUUUAUUCCCACGCGGAGGACAUAGGGUUAACUGAAAAACCGGGGGGCAACAUCGCUGCUGGAGCCAUUGCCGGAGCCACAGGAGCCUUUGUAGGGAGCCCCGCGUAUCUGGUAAAGACCCACCUCCAGGCCCAGACAGUGGCCGCCAUCGCUGUGGGACAUCAGCACAACCAUCAGAGUGUGAGCAGCGCCUUCGAAACCAUCUACAAGAAGCAGGGAAUCCUGGGAUUAUGGCGGGGAGUGAAUGGGGCGGUGCCCCGGGUGAUGGUGGGCUCGGCCGUGCAACUGGCAACAUUCGCCAGCGCCAAAGAAUGGGUUAAAAAGCAAAAGUGGUUUCCCCAUGACAGUUGGCUGGUGGCUCUCACUGGUGGGAUGAUCAGCAGCGUCGGCGUUGCCAUAGCAAUGACUCCAUUCGACGUGGUCAGUACCCGGUUGUACAACCAGCCCGUGGACAGCUCGGGCAAGGGUCGGCUGUACCGUGGUUUCAUGGACUGUAUCCUGAAGAUCAUUCACAAGGAAGGGGUUCUGGCGCUGUAUAAGGGCAUUGCACCCGCCUACAUCCGACUGGGCCCCCACACCAUCCUCAGCCUCCUCUUCUGGGAAGAACUCAGGAAGUUCACUUACUACUAUCAGCAUCGCUGAACUACAAACCUCUCCCAGCUGCCCACCCAAAGGAAUCAGCCUGUAACCCUGGCAGCCGGCGCUUGUGUUCUGGUGGGUUUCUCUGUGUGUCCUGCAAAGGGUCCGCAACAGCCAAGCUCUUUGUGGGGUAACCCUGAGAUAUGGGGGUGUCACUGCACAGCGCCCCUUAUUCGGCCGGGGUGUAACUCAGGAUACUUGAAACAGAGACAUUAAAUAUUCUUUUAUAUAA